AUGGGGGGCCUUCUAACCUGGCUCCAGACUAACAUUUAUGAACUGGCAAAUGUGAUUCAAAAUUGUGCUAGUUCAGUUAGUUCUCUCACCGACCAAACGCGACAACAAGAACAACUGGACGUAUGUCGUGAUCGGUGCUCAUGUAUAGCCCAUAUAUUCUCUUCCCUCGCUCGCACACUCCGACCGUCCUUGGUAGAUCAGCCAACACUCCCGGGGUCUGGUGCAUUGGGAGAUCUACGGACAUUUGACUGUGUACUAGUCAUUCUGGAAUUGGCUCCUCCUCUGGGUAGCCGUGAACUGGCGGCGAUCACGUUUCAUUCGUUACACUCAUUGGCAGAUGAUGCAUCUCGUCAUCGUUCUUUGACAUCCGCUUGCAACACGAACCAAAACCGGUCCGAUUCAUCGACAAUGGAAAAUCAUACGGGGGAUGCACCACGACCUGGUUCGGCUUUGGUCCCCUAUUUUCUACGUGUUGUGGUCGCUUUAACUCGCUACUGUCCAAGCAAUACUUCAGAUUUGGAAAGCACAGAUGAAUUGCGCGAUUUUCGGGAUGAUGUUCACGACUUGAUGCAGGACAUACUAAGCCUGGUUGGAUCGGAAACGAUUUUCCUGGAAUUGUACACACACGUGCAACGUCUGCAGAUGCUUGCCGUAUCGACCAACACUCAGGUGACCGCCACCGAGGUCUUGCGGGAAUCCGAGGCUUGUCUGUUCAUGAUUACCACAGUGGCCAAACGCCUCUCCCCGCACGAUCCCGAAGGACAUAUAUCUAAUCUGAUCUCUGGCCUCGUGCUGCCUGGUUUGGCUUCCGAUUGUCCAUAUCCGCUUCAGGAAGUAGGCUGCCUGCUGUACAUGGAGUUAGCUCACUGGGCCGCUUGUCAUCCGGAAUUGCGUCGUCAGAUUGUCUCUCAAUUGAUCAGCAUUGUCGAGAAAGCUGCGAAUAUUGAAUUAUCUCGGCUUCAGCCCGGUCAAAAAUUGGCAGUUGGUGCGGCUCUAUCGGCCCUUGGAGCUCUGAGUGCAGUCUAUAGGGCCACUCCACCAGCACAGCAUAACCCGGCAAACAAUGAAUCGCUUCGUACCGGCCUGUUGGAUGAUCACUGGCAAGACCUUGUUCAGCGCGUGGCCUAUAAUUUGCCUCGAUUGGCCUGGGUCCCAGUGCAUGAUGCCACACUGCUUUUCACUGGGAUCGGUCGCGGUCUUGUUUCGUCGAUCGGUUCGGGCGCUGGCGGUUUUGAUUUUGAUCCCCGAUUAGCCAGGCAACAGUUUCCCUCCAGACUUGCUCAGAUAUCCAGUGUCAGUUUGGAAUGCCUGACCAAGCUAAUGGAUGAUCAGGUACCUGUAUCCGGUACGGAUACAUUAAGCGAUCCGCGUGUUUGGUUAGACUAUCUGGCCGCCGUGUUCCGUACCAUGGGUAGUCUUUUGCGUCGCCUUGAUGACCCGGCAAAACCUGGUUCGGGUACGGCUGAGAUCAACAAUCUAACCAUGUCUGCUCAGGCAUGUUUGUCAGAAUCUUUGCGACUGGUGCGAGAAGUCAUCUGGCCCGUCGUUGCCCGGGUACUGACGCAUUACUCCGUUCGGGCUCGGCUAAUGGAGCACGCGUGUCGUCUCAUUCGAUUUAUUGUGCGCUGUUUCUCGGUCCACUUGCGUGAUCUCCUCCCGGAUAUUGCUGAAAAGAUUGUGAUCUCUUACAAUUCCGGCGGGCAUCACUCGAGCUUUCUCUAUUUGGCCAGUGUACUGGUCGAUGAAUUCGGUGAAUUGACGGACUGCCGUGUUGGCCUCGUUCGGAUGUACGAAGCCCUCGGUGGACAGACUCUGAAGAUGCUCGCUGGUCCGAAUCUAGCGGAGCAACCACAUACAGUCGAAGAUCUUUAUCGGUUGUGCACUCGUCUUGUACAACAUUGCCCUACGGUGUUCCUGACCAGUGAACAGGUCGACCUACAUGAGUUGUGCAGCACAGCCAUACGUUCGCUCAGUUUGUGCUGUUCCGGCCCUAGCGCUGGUAAUUCGGGUGAGGACGCAUCUGGCAUGAACUCCUCAGACGCUGACUCAGGUACUAACAGUUCCUCAGCGAACACCAGUGCAUCGGCUGCUGCGGCUCGAUUCUUCAUCGAUUUCCUCAAUUUCGCCGGUGAAGCCGCCGAAGUCACUCCUUCUCAGAUCCUGGAAUUGCUCUCUUCUGGUACACCAUUGCCCACUCCCAGCUGCCCUUCAUCAAUGGCUGCGCAACGUGCCCUAGUUUGGCUCACUUGUCCAGCCCAAGUGGAAAAUUCUGAGAGGCCCGAGUGUGGAGGUCAGCAACUGGUAUCGGCCUCACUACAAGCCUGCUGUUUAGGUUUGUCGGAGGAUCGAUUCCCGGAAUUGGCAGACAUUCUCUAUCAGCUCAAAGCCAUCACAAAAUCCGAGGUACGAAGGCGUUCCGUUCUCCGUAAAAUCGUAUUGUUGUUACUGUUCGAAGUUCGAUUUUUGCAGUAA